AUGUCGGUGGCUCUGCGCGCACAGCUGCUCCUCUUCCUCAUCUCCCUCUCCUCACGGACGGCGCGCACUCGCUAUAUUGAGGAAAACGACGCAUCAGAUGGAUUAUAUUCUCUGCUCAGUUUGGCCCAGAAAAGAGAAUCAGAGGAUUUUAUUUUCCGUAGACCUCUCACCUGCAACAUCAUGUCUCAGAGUCCAGAGGGCAGCUUCACCAUGGUGAUGCCACAUCAGCGCAGGAACUGCAGCUUCUCCAUCAUCUACCCUGUCGAGAUCCGCCUGACAGAUCUCAGCCUCGGCGAGGCCAAAAGCAAUGAGAUCAGCCCACUGAAACAGAUGUGGUCGGGUUGUUCGGGUUCUGGUGAUUUUGUGGAGCUGCUUGGAGGUAAUGGGGUGGACACCUCUAAGAUGCUCCCCGUGGCUGACCUCUGUUUCUCAGUCAGUGGGCUCGGUGAGUCCCAGAUGAAGAUUGGUUGCGAUAACUCGGUGGUGAGGCUGGUGUCCAGUGGAAACUAUAUUAACCGUGUUUCCUUCCAAUACCGGCUACUGGAUCAAAAUGAGCUUCCCAAAGCCCGAGAGAAUAGUCUGGAUAACUUCUGUGCUGUGGAAUAA